AUGGCGUAUUGGGCUUAUAUUGCGUAUUGCAGUGUGCUUCUAGUCCCGCACGCCUACUCUGCAAGUGUUCCAACCGGCCCAGGAAUUGACCAGGCUGAAUGGCUCGCGGCCAGGCAUAAAGCUGAAGCUCUCAUUGCGAAAAUGAACGUUACGGAGAAGUCCAUAAUCGUCACUGGCACACUGUAUGGUGGUGUCUGUAGUGGCAAUAUUGCCGCGAUCCCACGCCUCAAUUUUGGGGGCGUUUGUAUUCAAGACGGCCCUGUGGGCGUCCGUUUGGCCGAUUUAGCAAGUGUGUUCCCUGCAGGCUUGACAGUAGGGGCAAGUUGGGACAAGGACCUCAUUUACGAUCGAGGACGGGCCCUGGCCGAAGAGUUUCGUGCUAAAGGGAGUCACGUUCUGCUCGGUCCUGUUCCUGGGCCUCUCGGAAGAAACCCACUUGGUGGCCGAAACUGGGAAGGAUUUGGACCGGAUCCGUAUCUAUCUGGUGUCGCGACUGCGCUCACCGUACGAGGCAUUCAAGCCAAGGGUGUGCAGGCAUGCACGAAACACUAUAUUGGGAACGAACAGGAGACACAGCGGUCAAAUACUGUGAUUGACGGGGAAAAUGUUGAGGCUGUGUCAAUCAAUAUGGAUGACCGAACCCUACACGAACUAUACCUUUGGCCAUUCGCGGACGCGGUGAGAGCGGGCACAGCCUCCAUCAUGUGCAGCUAUAACCGACUAAACGGAACCUACGCAUGUGAGCACCCAGGCAUUUUGAAUGAUAUCUUGAAGAAUGAGCUAGGGUUCGACGGCUAUGUCAUGUCUGAUUGGUUCGCGACCCAUUCGGGAGCGAAAUCCAUCAACGCAGGCCUAGACAUGACACAGCCGGGCCCCCUCAAUCUUUCAGACUCGACCGGAGAUUACUUCGGACACAAUCUGGUCAACUACGUACAGAAUGGAACCGUCUCAUCUGAUCGAAUUGAUGAUAUGGUGCGGCGAAUUUUGACACCAUAUUUCUAUCUUCAUCAGGACGAAGAUUUCCCCACUGUUGAUCCGUCAACCCUGUAUAUCAUGUUAGCUGCCAAUGAUCUGCCAAUGUCCUACCUCCCCUUACUGGGGGGUUCCCCAGACACCCCAGUUCCAGCAGCUCGUGAUGUCAGAGGGGAUCAUGCAAUUUUGAUCAGAAAGCUUGCGGCAGCAGGAACUGUGCUACUGAAGAAUGUGAAUUCCACGCUUCCACUCAAAGCACCAAAGGCAAUCGCUGUCUUCGGUAACGAUGCCGCUGACGUCUCAGGCGGACUUGCGCCCUUCUUGAGAGGAGGUUCUCAAGUACAGAUAGGGACCUUAGCCGUGGGCGGCGGAUCGGGAGCCGGUCAGCUUAGCUAUAUCUCCUCGCCACUCGAAGCGCUCAAGAUACGUGCCGAAAAAUUGGGAACACGACUGGCGUAUAUUACCGACAAUUAUCAAGUAUCCAAUGGGGUGUUGACUGGGAUAUACCCUGCUCCGGAUGUCUGUCUAGUUUUCCUCAAGACCUGGGCCCAAGAAGGCUUUGACCGUCUUAGCUACGAGGCAGAUUGGAAUUCCAGUGCGGUUGUGGAACAGGUUGCCUCGUACUGUCCCGGGAAGACGGUUGUUGUUACUCAUUCCGGGGGUCUGAACACCAUGCCCUGGGCCACGAACCCGAACGUUUCCGCUAUUCUUGCAGCCCAUUAUCCUGGACAAGAGGCAGGGAAUUCCAUUGUGGAUAUCUUGUAUGGUGACCUGGAGCCAUCCGGCCGGCUCCCAUAUACUAUUGCACGCAGUGAGGCGGAUUAUAAUACCAGGAUCACGAAUAUUACAGGACCGGAGGCAGUUGACUCCUCCGCAUGGCAGUCAAAUUUUACUGAAGGGCUUAUGAUCGAUCACCGCCAUUUCGAUGCGAAUAACAUCACUCCACUAUAUGAAUUCGGUUAUGGACUGGGCUAUAGCACCUUUGAAAUCACCUCGGCGCCGCAGGUCCAGCCAGGAUCUUCACUUUUGAGUCAGUUCCCUCCUGCGGUGGAAACCUUGCCCCCAGGUGGAAACCCGCAUCUCUGGGACCCUCUGUUCAACCUGACCGUUACUGUGCGGAAUUCUGGGGAUGUUGAAGGCGCCACCGUAGUUCAACUCUACAUUUCACUACCUCGGGAUACAGCCCCGGAUGGAACGCCCGUGAAAGUUCUUCGGGGCUUCGAGAAACUAACUCUGAAGCCUGGGGAACUCAAGGCAGUCUCAUUGUCACUGUUGAGACGAGAUUUGAGUUACUGGGAUACUGGAGCUCAGGGUUGGCGACUCCCGAAAGGCAAUCACAGCGUGGGCGUGGGGUUUAGUUCUAGGGAUAUCAGGCAAGAGAACCCCCAAGAUUCUUUCCCCGUUAUUGUUGCCGCGGAAGAAUUGAAAAUGAAUGUUGAGUGGAAUCAGAUGGUGCCAUCCUAUACCGACGUCCCAUAUUCCCCCGGAGCAAUCGACCUUGAGGAUAAAGAACGAUGGCAAAGCUAUUUCCCCGACCCAUCCAAUUUAGAGAAGACAUCGUUAUCGCACUGGGAUCAAAGUCCUAAGAGUUCGCAAAGUCCCAGCACAACUAGCGAUGAACAUACAUCAGUAGAAUAUUCGGACAGCGACUGGCGCGAACAAUUAACAGAAUGCAGCACAGAAUGCAGCUCUGAAGCUCAGGGCCUUAAGCCGUCCGCGAAAAGUAGUUCACUAUCUCGCCCAGUCCCUACGCUAAAGCCCCGAACUACCAUCGAAGGAAACGUUGGUGAUAGAAGCAAGAAACGAAGAGAACAAAAUCGGAACGCUCAACGAGCGUAUCGUGAACGCAAGGAACAAUACAUCCAGGCUCUCCUGAACCACAUCGAGGAAAUGAAUAGAAACCACAUUCAACUAUCGGAAUCCUACGAAGCCUUGAAGCAAGAGGCCACUCGGCUUCAAAUACAGGUUAACGGCCUCCAAACGAAACUGGACGUUUGGAACAAGGCCCAGCUAGUAAUAGUAAAACUUCCAGAGGGGGUCGGGCCCAACGCGAACGCCCUAGGACUUGCACCAGGGCCAUUAGUAGGAAUGGAGCUUCAGCCAGACUCAGGUCCUUCUUACCCAUUGGUAUAA